CUGCCACCGAAGUUACUUCUGGUCCCUGCUGUCCCUUCUGCCCUCAGUCUGGACCUGCCCAGGGACCCCUGCAGUUCAGCCUCGCCACCCAGAGGUCUCAGGGAAUCCCAGCCAACUGCUCUCGGCUUCUCCCCAACUGCGCCUCCAGCGGUUUAUGGGGCACGGUCCUGCCCAGCUCUGCUAAGAUGCUUAUGGCCUCUCCCUCCACCCCAUCCAGGGGACGGACCCCCAGCGCAGUGGAGAGGCUGGAGGCCGACAAAGCCAAGUACGUCAAGACGCACCAGGUGAUAGCGCGGCGCCAGGAGCCAGCUCUGCGGGGGACCCCGGGGCCGCUCACCCCGCACGUGUGCAAUGAGCUGGGAACCCCCGCAUCGCCCAGGACGCCCGGACCCGCCCGCCGUGGCAGCGGCAGGCGGCAACCGAGGCCAGACUCCCUCAUCUUCUACCGCCAGAAGCGGGACUGCAAGGCUUCGGUGAACAAAGAGAACGCCAAGGGCCAGGGGCUGGUGCGCCGCCUCUUCCCGGGCGCCUCCCGGGACGCUGCCCCGAGCAGCCCCGGCCCGACAGAGCGACCUGCAGCUCCUGGGGCUUGGGCAGCGCCCCAAGAUGUCCCCGAGACUGCAGGCAAACGGCCGCUGUGCCCCACGUGUUCGCUGCCUCUGUCGGAGAAGGAGCGCUUCUUCAACUACUGCGGCCUGGAGCGCGCGCUGGUGGAGGUGCUGGGCGCCGAGCGCUUCUCCCCGCAGAGCUGGGGCGCAGACGCCAGCCCCAAGGCCGGAACUUCGCCGCCGCCCGGCUCCGGGGACACUAGCGACUGGACCUCCAGCGAGGAGGGCGCAGGCAGCCGGGACUGUGCGGCCGGCGGCGGCGGCGGCU